UGGGUGCUGUGCUUGGCUCCUUGGGUGAUGGGCGGAGUCAAGGCCUCCGAGAGGAACUGGGUCUUUGGAGCAUCCGGUCUCCGGUGCGGCGUCGGGAGAGUUCUGGCCAUACUAGCACCUAUCUCUUCCAUCUUUUAGCACGCACUUUCGCUCUGUCCACCCAGCUACUGGUGCAUUUAGGUCUGUCUACUACCCACCAUGCCCCUCCCUGUUGCACUGCAGACCCGCUUAGCGAAGAGAGGCAUCCUCAAACAUCUGGAGCCUGAGCCAGAGGAAGAGAUUAUUGCCGAGGACUAUGAUGAUGAUCCUGUAGACUAUGAGGCCACCCGGUUAGAGGGCCUACCACCCAGCUGGUACAAGGUGUUCGACCCUUCCUGCGGGCUCCCUUACUACUGGAAUGCAGAGACAGACCUUGUGUCCUGGCUCUCUCCACAUGACCCAAACUUCGUCGUUACUAAAUCUGCCAAGAAGCUCAGGAACAAUAACGCAGAUGCUGAGGAGAAGUUGGACCGGAAUCAUGAGAAGUUGGACAGAAAUCAUGAGAAGUCAGACCGUGGCCAUGAAAAACCAGACAGGAGCCAUGACAAGUCAGACCGAAACCAUGAUAAGUCUGACAGAGAUCGAGAGCGGAGCUAUGACAAAAUGGAGAGGGAGAGAGAGAGGGACAGGGAACGAGAUCGGGAUCGUGGGUAUGACAAGGCAGACCGAGAAGAGAGCAAAGAGCAACGGCGCCAUCAUCGCAGGGAGGAGCUGGCUCCUUACCCCAAGAGCAAGAAAGCAGUGAGCCGAAAAGAUGAAGAGUUAGACCCCAUGGACCCGAGCUCAUAUUCAGAUGCACCCCGGGGCACAUGGUCAACAGGACUACCCAAGAGGAAUGAGGCCAAGACAGGUGCUGACACAACAGCAGCUGGACCCCUCUUCCAGCAGCGUCCGUACCCAUCCCCAGGGGCUGUGCUCCGGGCCAAUGCCGAGGCCUCCCGAAGCAAGCAACAGGACUGAACCUUUGUUCUCUGCAGUUCUGGCAGUUUUCUUUCUUUUUUCCUUGUGGGACUGGAGAUAGAACCCAGGGCCUCACAUAUGCUAAACAAGUGUUCUAUCAGUAAGCUACACUCCCAGCCCCCUUAUUCUUAAUAAAGCUUUUCUGUGGCAUGA